AUGCACUGUUAUGUGAUACACAGCUCUCAUUCCAGGCCAUUGACACAACUCUACCAGCAUAUCCUGGCCUUGGCACUUGCAGUAAAGGAGAUAAAUGAAAACCCCCAACUCUUACCCAAUGUCACUCUUGGCUUCCACAUCUAUAACAGCCAUUUCAGUGCAAGGUGGACUUACCAAGCCUCCAUGGAACUGCUCUCUGGACAAGGAACACUCAUCCCUAACUAUAAAUGUGAUGCUGGAAGCACUUCAAUAGCAGUCAUUGGUGGACCAAACUCUGAUUUAUAUAUUCACAUGGCUACAAUCCUGUCCAUGUACAAGAUGGCCCAACUCCACCACUUUCUGAGAAGUAUCUCAUUCAACAAUAGUGCCGGUGAAGAGAUAUUCUUUGACCAAAAUGGAGCAUUAGUAGCGGGAUUUGAUAUUUUCAACUGGGUCACAUUUCCAAAUGAGUCCUUUCUUAGAGUCAAAGUUGGAAUGAUGGACCCUUGGGCUCCAGAAGAUGAAGGGCUUACAAUGCAUGAUGAUGCUGUUGUGUGGCCCAGUAGGUUCAACCAGACACUACCGGUUUCCCUGUGUAAUGAGAAAUGCCAUUUAGGUUAUCAUAGAACCAAGAAAGAAGGGAAGGCUUCUUGCUGCUAUGAUUGCCUCCCGUGUCCAGAAGGGAAGAUCUCAGACCAAAAGGACAUGGAUGAAUGUUUUGAAUGCCCUGCAGACCAGUAUCCAAACAAGGACCAGGAUGGAUGCCUUCCAAAACAAAAAACCUUCUUGUCUUAUGGAGAAGCUCUGGGGAUAAGUUUGGCUAUCUUGGCUCUCUCUUUUUGUUUCCUCACUGCUUUGGUGCUUGGAAUCUUUGUGAAGAACAACGACACUCCCAUUGUCAAAGCCAACAACCAGAACCUCACCUACACUCUCCUCAUCUCCCUCCUGCUCUGUUUCCUUUGUGUUUUGCUCUUCAUUGGCCAGCCUGUAGAGCUCACAUGCCUCCUUCGGCAAACUGCCUUUGGCAUGAUCUUCUCAGUGGCAGUUUCUUGCAUAUUGGCCAAAACCACCAUUGUGGUUCUGGCUUUCAUGGCCACCAAGCCAGGCUCCAAAAUGAGAAGAUGGGUGGGGAAACCAUUGUCCAAUUCUCUUGUUCUUUCCUGCUCUCUUAUUCAAGCCACCAUAUGUACAGUGUGGCUGGCAACUUCUCCCCCAUUCCCAGAUCUGGACACACACGCAAUGCUCAAAGAAAUUGUACUGUUCUGCAAUGAGGGGUCAGACCUCAUGUUUUAUGGUAUCCUAGGCUACAUGGGCUUCCUGGCCAUUGUCAGCUUUGUUGUGGCUUUUCUAGCUAGGAGGUUGCCGGACAGCUUUAAUGAAGCCAAGUUUAUCACCUUUAGCAUGUUGGUCUUUUGUAGUGUUUGGUUGUCCUUUGUACCAACAUACAUGAGCACAAAAGGAAAAUUCAUGGUGGUUGUGGAGGUCUUCUCCAUCUUGGCCUCCAGCUUUGGAUUACUGGGGUGCAUCUUUUCCCCCAAAUGCUAUAUUAUUUUACUGAGGCCUCAGCUGAACACCAGGGGGCAGCUGAUUAGAAGAAACAAAUAA